CGUGAAUCCCUUAAUUUAUAAAGAAUUUUUAUAAAAAAUAUUGGCUUUCAUUUGUCUUCAAAUGUAGUAUAUUUCCUUUGCUUAUUGUUGCUGUGAAUAGUUAGUGCCAGCUGUUGUACAGCAUGAAAAAAGUUUCAGCUUUAAAAACAAAUGCAAAAUCGGUACCAAAGCUUUCAAACAACAGAUUUCUUCAAAAUGAUUACGAAAAAAAUAAAACUGUUUGCCAAACUGAAUCAAGCUGCAUGGUGGAAUCUCAAGCAGCAUACAUAGAAAAUUUGCAGCAGCAAAUUUAUGUACUGGAAAAUGAAAUUGGCUACUUAAGAUCAUGCAUGCAAGAAAACAGCAAGCAACGUCCGUCCAUGGUUGCUGAGGGAGAAAAGAUGGUCAGAAAACUAGCUGAAUCCCAUAAUGAGAUAAAAACUAUGAAAAUUGAUCUCAAAAGGAAACAGACAACUAUUGACCUCUUGAGAUCUGAGAAAGAUAGAGUAAAUAGGUACAAAGAUGAAUUAGAAGAAAAUUUUCACAAAGAGAAAUGUUGUCUAUUGGAAGAGCUUAUCAGCCUCAAAAAGGAAAGAGAAUCCCAACAGGACAAGACUAUUGAUCUGGAAAGGCUCCUUUCUGAGCAAAAGCAAAAUGAAAGAAAUUUGCAAGAAGACUUGGAUAAUACCCGUGUUGAAAUGGAUCAGAUUAAAAGAGAAAGGACACAUGAUAAGGAAAUGAUAUGUGAGCUUCUCCAGAGCAAAGAAAAUCUGCAGAAGGAGUUGUUUGAAGCUAAAAUGAUGGCAGAAUCUAAAGCCUCAGAGAAAGGUGUUGAAGCUAUCAAAGCUUUAAAGUCAAAUCUUGAAGAAUUGACUGAAGCAUAUGAAGCUUCAAAACGAACUGCAGAUCACGAGAAAAUGUUGCGAGAACGAUUAUCUGAAGACAACAAUGAAUUGAUCCAUAGACAUGCUGAACUAGAAGCUGAAUUAGCAGAAGCCAAGGCACAUUUACGAGAAGAGCAAGCUAUGAGAUCCUCCUUGGAGCAGAUUCAUCUGAAUGUGGUUGUAGAAGCAUCUGAGGUCAAGAGCAAAGAUACAUCCCUCAGAGAGGAAGUCAAUCGCCUGAAUCAACUUCUGAAAGAGGAAUGUGAAAGAUCUUAUAACUUGGCUCUUCAGGUAUCAGAUGAGCAGAGGUUCAAAAUGCGUGAAGAAGAGAAAUUCAUGCACCUGCAACAGCGUUUUGAUCAAAGAGCAACGCAAUUCAAGGUAAGAGAAAGAGAAAAUGUUGAUUUAAUGAAGGAAAACACGUACCUGAAGGAUCAAGUUCUGCAUUUAAAACAACAGCUUCAAAAUCGGGACGAAGAAGUUUCAAGUUUAAAACAGAAGGUGCAAGAGAUGCAGGUAUCUGUAGAGGAGUUCAUACAGAGUAGCCAAGCAGCCAAUCGUAUUGCUGGAGAGCGCUGGAAGCAAUUAGGUCAGCUGGCCCAGAGCAUUCAGACCCUUACAUCCAUUUCGGAGCCCUCAUCUUGAAACCCGUUGUGCCUUGUUGAAUGCUGUCUGAAAGUGAUAUUUUUUUCUGUGAUAUGUAUUUUUCAUUGAGGAUUCUUUCUGCACCAGUUGUGCAUUUUGUGCACCAUAUGUAAAUAAUUGCAUCAUAGUUCUACUGAUUGAACAUGUGCAAAAAAUGUGUUCAUCCAAAAGAAAAAAAAAUGUAUUUACCACAAGGAAAAGAAAUAAUAAAAGA